UACAGCUGUGAUAUGAUAAACAAGAAUAUAUAUGCUUUUGAUUUUUAACAAUGGAAUCAACACUGUGCAAUCUUGUAAUGUUCUAAGAAAAUUCUUGGAUUUGAUGCCCCCAUUAUUGUAAUUAUAAAUAUGCCUAAGCCAGGGUCUUAAACACGUAAAGCCUAAGAAAAUUUCCAUUAUUGGAUUUGAUGUCUUGUUUCUUCGAAGUGUUUGCUUAUAUCUGGAGAUUCAUCAUACGAAACCCCCGUGUUUCUCCAUCGCCAUCUACUCCUUCCACCUUAACCACCGCCCAGCCACAAGUAAUGAAAUAUAAUGUCUUCCUUAGUUUCAGAGGAGAAGACACUCGUUUUGAUUUUACCAGCCACCUCUAUGCCGCUUUGAACCGGAAGCAAAUCCUGACUUUCAUAGAUUAUCAGCUUGUGAGAGGAGAUGAGAUCUCGGCAUCACUUCUGAGAACAAUUGAAGAGGCCAAGCUUUCUGUGAUUGUUUUUUCUGAAAACUAUGCAUCUUCCAAAUGGUGCUUGGAGGAGCUUGCAAAGAUUUUUGAGCGUAGAAAAAAUAAUGGACAGAUAGUUAUUCCGGUAUUCUACCAGGUGGAUCCAUCCCAUGUAAGAAAUCAAACAGGAAGCUUUGGGGAUGCAUUUGCUAGACUUAUAAAGAAGAAAGCUUUGACGAUGGACAAAGAGCAGAGCUUCAGAGACGCUUUGAAGGAUACAGCCACUCUAUCUGGAUGGACCUUAGGGAAUUCUCAGCUGGAGUCUGAAUUUAUUGAGAAAAUCGUUGGAGAUGUUUCGAACAAAUUACAAGCCAUGUCUUCAAGUCACACUACAGCUCUAUUUGGAAUUGAUGUUCGUGUUAACAAAGUUGAGUCUUUGUUAAAAAUGGAAUCUCCAGAUGUUCUCAUUGUAGGGAUACGGGGAAUGGGUGGUAUCGGUAAGACAACGAUUGCUCAAGCUGUGAGCAACAAGGUUCGUUCUCGAUUUGAAGGAAUCUUUUUUGCAAACUUUAGGCAAGAAUUAGAAACAGGUUCCAUGGCUGAUUUGCAAAGAAGAUUUCUUUCACAGCUGCUUGGCCAAGAAAUUCUGAACAAUAGCUUCUUGAGUUUUCGAGAUUCUUUUGUGAGGGAGAGACUUCGUCGUAAAACGGUUUUUAUUGUUCUGGAUGAUGUGGAUGAUUCAAUCCCUUUGGAAGGAUGGACAGAUUUGCUUGAUGGACGCAGUUCAUUUGGUCGGGGCAGUAAAGUUCUCAUAACAAGUAGGGAUAAACAAGUGUUUAAGAAUGUAGUAGACGAAACAUACGAGGUUGAGGGGUUGAACUAUGAAGACUCUCUUAAACUCUUUAGCUCAAAAGCCUUGAAGAAUUGCAGCCCCACAAUUGAUCAUAGAGAAUUGAUAGAAAAGAUUGCAAGUCAUGUACAAGGCAAUCCGUUGGCUCUUAUAGAUUUGGGUUCCUCUCUCUAUGGUAAAAGCACUGUAGAAUGGUGCAGUGCAUUGAAUAAACUAGCUCAGAACCCUCGAAUCGAAAAGGCAUAAAGAAUUAGUUACAAUG